ACCCUAGACAGACGGCCCUGUCCACGGUUGCUCCUGCUCUCCCAGGAGGCCCUGUGUGGGCCGUGGCCCGGCCCUCGCCAUGGAGUCCAUGUUCGAGGACGAUAUCAGCAUACUGACGCAGGAGGCCCUGGGGCCCAGUGAAGUGUGGCUAGACGGUCCCGGAGACCCCUCGCUUGGGGACGACAUGUGCUCUGCCUCCCACUUUGCCCUCAUCACGGCUUACGGAGACAUCAAGGAACGGCUGGGGGGCCUGGAGAGGGAGAACGCCACCCUCCGACGCCGCCUCAAAGUCUACGAGAUCAAGUACCCACUGAUCAGUGACUUUGGAGAGGAGCAUGGCUUUUCUCUGUAUGAAAUCAAGGAUGGCUCCCUGCUGGAGGUGGAGAAGGUCAGCCUGCAGCAACGGCUCAACCAGUUCCAGCACGAGUUACAGAAGAACAAGGAGCAGGAAGAACAGCUUGGAGAGAUGAUCCAGGCCUAUGAGAAACUCUGCGUGGAGAAGAGCGACUUGGAGACGGAGCUUGGGGAGAUGAGGGCCCUGGUGGAGACGCACCUGCGCCAGAUCUGUGGUUUGGAGCAGCAGCUGCGGCAACAGCAAGGCCUCCGGGAUGCAGCCUUCUCUAACCUGAGUCCGCCGCCAGCCCCCGCGCCGCCCUGCGCUGAUUUGGACCUGCACUACCUGGCACUGAGAGGGGGAUCUGGCUUAAGUCAUGCAGGCUGGCCGGGCCCCACACCCAGUGUGAGUGACCUGGAGCGGCGGCGGCUAGAAGAGGCUUUGGAGGCAGCGCAGGGAGAGGCCCGGGGGGCUCAGCUCCGGGAGGAGCAGCUCCAGGCAGAGUGUGAGCGGCUGCAGGGGGAGCUGAAGCAGCUGCAGGAGACCCGGGCCCAGGAUCUGGCCUCCAACCAGUCGGAGCGGGACAUGGCAUGGGUGAAAAGAGUUGGGGACGAUCAGGUGAAUUUGGCGCUGGCCUACACCGAGCUGACAGAGGAGCUGGGCCGGCUUCGGGAGUUGAGUUCCCUACAGGGGAAAAUCUUGAGGACUCUGUUGCAGGAGCAGGCCCGGAGUGGCGGCCAGAGGCACUCGCCACUGUCACAGCGGCACUCGCCGGCCCCCCAGUGCCCCUCCCCCUCCCCG